GACGCGCCAGCAUACAACUCGCGUGCGACUUCGUUCUCAAUUACUUUCUCCAUAAAGUUUCUCCGCGCACAGUUUUGUGAUUGUUCCUCGGCAAUAGCGACGCAAGGUAUCUUAUAAUUCUGCAACUCAACCAUGUGCAUCGAAGUGCACAUCAUGAAUUUAGUCGGCAAGACAGUAGACAAUAUUUCGAUGGGUCAAACAUAUUCUUCUAACAUAGAGGAAAGAAUAUUCAAUGGUCUCUUCUAUCAACACAAACAGAUACAAGCAUUUUCUUACAAAAAUAAAUUAAAAAUAAAGCAUUUCCUGGUAUUUAUUUUUCAUGUUUAUUACACGAAAAUUGAUUAGAUGCGGCAUACCAAAUAUCGAAGGAUCAAGAGUCAAAAUGAUGCGUGUAAAUUAAAAAUAUAGCAAAGUAACAAAAAUAUAGCAAAAUACAGCAAAGUAAACUAAGGGCGCUGAAAGAUCACGACUCGACCCUGCUUUUGUGUAUGAAAGAGCUAACAGGCGGUAUCCUUGCCGGCAUAAGAGUAAUGGCGAAAUAACAGCCACAGUUAAACACUUUUUGUCGAGUGAUCAGGAGGCAAGUGACUACGGCACGACAUUCAGGAUUGUCGCGCACAAAUCCAGCGGAGGAAAUACUCAAGUACGUGGUCUUUUUCGCAGAUGCUCGACUUUGGCGCACAUUUGAAUGUGUAUGUUGACGAAGAAGGAAACGCUGAACAACAUGAGGACCAGACAGAUUUUGAGCGUGUUUCAUCGCUUGUUCGAGCUGAUUGCGAGAGGAAUAUUUUUGUUUGUUGCUUAUGUGAGAGGACCGGCGAAAGUUCAGCCGCCGAUCAAAGAUUUGACUCUUCUGCACAGUGCAUCUACUUUGGCGUUAAAAAUUCGAACCAAACAAUUAACAUCAGAGGAUGUGGUAUCUUCUUACAUAGAAAGAAUAAAGGAGAUCCAACCGAUAGUCAACUGCGUAGUCCAAGACCGUUUUGAAGAGGCUCUCAAAGACGCGAAGAAAUGCGACGAAUUAUUGAAAUCUCAAGAUGCCCCGUCCGUUGAAUUUUUGGAAAAAGAGAAACCGUUGUUUGGAGUACCUUUCACGACGAAGGAUUGCAUCGCUGUCGCAAACAUGUGUCAAACGGCUGGUCUUGUCGUACGCAAAAACGUCAUCGUUGACAGAGAUGCAAAAGCGAUAGAAUUAAUGAGGUUAGCUGGAGCUAUACCUCUGGCAUUGACAAAUGUCUCAGAAUUGGCGAUGUGGUGGGAGAGCAGUAACUGCUUGUUCGGCACUACUAAGAACCCCUACAAUACCAGAUGUAUUGUGGGUGGUUCCUCGGGUGGUGAAGGUUGCAUACAAGCGGCAGCUGGAUCGCCGCUUGGAAUUGGCUCAGAUAUUGGCGGCUCUAUUCGUAUGCCAGCGUUCUUCAAUGGUAUAUUUGGCCACAAGCCAUCCAAAGGAGUGAUCUCCAACGACGGUCAAUAUCCUAGUGCACACAGCGACGAUCAAGAUCAAUUACUUGCUAUUGGACCAAUGUGUAGAUACGCGCAUGAUGUUACUUUGACUUUGAAAAUUCUCGUGGAUAAGAAAGCUGAUUUACUAAAUCUGGAUCAAAAAGUGGACAUUUCACGAAUCAAGAUCUAUUAUAUGGAGGAUGACGGUGGUCAACGACUGAUCUCACCCGUAGAUCCGGAAAUUAAAACUACCAUGAAACAAGUAUUAAAUUACUUUGAGAAAGCGCACAAUAUUAAAGCUACGAAAAUAAAUAUUAAAAAGUUGAGAAAGGGCUUAGCUCUUUGGUUGGCGAACAUGACGUGCAAGGACGAUAAAGACUUUUCGUACGAGCUGACCAAUAGGCAGGGUCAUCUUAACGUCUGGUUGGAAUUCGUCAAAUGGAUAUUCUUUAUGAGUAAUCAUACUCUGGUCGCUCUUCUCACUGCCAUGUUUGAGAAAUGUGGCAUGAAGUACGGAAGUGAGAAACACGUUAAGCUCAUACAAGAAAGCAAAGACCUUUUCCAGGAAUUUAAAGAUAUUCUCGGAGAAGAUGGAGUGUUCUUGUAUCCAACUCAUCCAACUGCAGCUCCAAUGCACCACGAACCGUUGAUUAAACCUUUUAACUUCUCUUAUACCGCAAUCAUUAAUGUGUUAGGCCUACCGGCUACGGCUUGUCCUUUAGGUUUAAACAAACAAGGGCUUCCCAUUGGCAUUCAAGUCGUAGGAGGACUUUAUCAAGAUCGCCUGACGCUCGCCGUUGCGGAAGAAUUGGAACGAGGUUUUGGUGGCUGGGUACCACCGUCAAUAGUAGCUUAACGAGAGUACCAUCAUAGACAAUAAUUCAAUGAAUGACGUUUGCAUCAAGCCUCAUCUUACCGAACCCUGCCAGCUUUCUCAUGUGAAAUAUACUAUUUAUAUCGAAGGUUUUUUGCAGACGCGGAUGCUCCCGAAGUAAAGUACAAACUUAUAUAUGGACACGCGUAAUAUGCAUUUAAUACGAAAUAUAAUUUCUUACAAUA